AAGCAUCCUCAUCGUCCCUGUUUCUUCAUAGCCAGCGCCACCUUUGGUUCAGACGGAGUUGUAUCUACAUCAGCAGCAUUGAGCCCGUCAACUAUGGAUGAAGCAGAAUUUCGACGGGUUCUCCAACUCUUUCCAGUGGUCCGUUCUCGCGAUUACUGUGCAGAAUCAGGAUCCAGACAAUCAACUUCUAGAUCUGCACAGGAUGAGGUCCUGAAGGAAUGGCAAGAUGCAUGGGAUGGCGGCGAGAGGGAGCUUGAGAUUAAAGGAAAUGAGCGUGGUGAUGAAUUUUGGAGCAAGCUAAAGUCCGUUGCUGAGAGGAAGGUGGGUGCAGAAGAAGCAGAGAGAUUUUGCAAGGCUUUCCAGAAAAUCCAUAGGAAACUGGUCUAUGAAGAAUUGACUGAAGAUGCUGCACGAAAGUUUAUGAGCUCGUAGAGUUUGGAAACGAAGACGACAAACCAUGUUUUAUUGUGAUUGAACCAUCAUUUGCCAAGGAUUGUAACUUCAUCGUGGUACUAAAUCCCAACCAGCCAACGAGUAAAUUGGUGAACUAGUUCUCUAGCUGAUCCUAUCAAGAGUUUUGGAUAGGUCGAUUGGGUUAGGUUUUAUAUUUUUUCUCCCUUUACAGAGCCUUAAACAACGUCAUUGAGUUUAAGAAAAAAGUAGUAGUCUAUUAAACUUGUGCUUUAGUAAUUUUGUUACUGUGAGUCAUAUAUGAAUAUUCCAUUUACUUGUGGGUUUUUUUUUCGUUGGGGUAAAUAUUGCUUGUUUAGGGUUUUACAGGAUAUAGAUAUAUGUUACAAGUGGUUUUAUUUGGGUGUUUCGUUAAUUGAAUUCGCAUCUGUUAAUGAUCUCAUUGGAGAGUUCCCUUGUGUGAAAA